AUGAAAGAUGUCAUAAACACAUUCACACCAAACUUUGAAGAACAGAAGAUCGAUCUUCAUAAAAUGGGGAUUGGUGGACAUGUCAAAAUACAACCUAGACACCAAAAAAGGCUUGGUGGCACGAGAGCUGCUAUGUUUGUAUAUGCUAUGAUAGGGCUUGAGAACAUGGCAUUCUUAUCAAUGGCUGUCAGCUUGGUGACUUACUUUUAUGGUUAUAUGAACUUCAGUUUGACCAAGUCAGCAACAACACUCACAAACUUCAUGGGCACUGCAUUUCUCCUAUCACUCUUUGGAGGUUUCAUAUCCGACACCUACUUAUCAAGAUUCAAGACUUGCAUUUUAUUCGCAUCUUUUGAAGUCGUGGGCUAUGCACUUCUAGCAGUUCAAGCACACUUCCAAAGAGUUAAGACCGAUCCCCUUGGGAUUAAAGGUGCUCUGCCUUCUUUGGGAGCUGACCAAUUUGAUGAAAGAGACCCUAAAGAGGCGGAAUCACUUGCAAGCUUUUUCAACUGGUUUUUGUUUAGUGUCACAACUGGAGCUAUAUUUGGUGUCACUUUUGUUGUCUGGAUUAGUUCAAACCAAGGUUGGGAUUGGGGGUUCACUGUGUGCUCCAUAGCAGUUUUAGUAGCAGCUCUUUUCUUACUCAUGGGCAAAUCCAUGUAUCGGAGUUAUGUGCCCAAAGGAGAAAGCCCAAUUCUUCGAAUUUUGAAGGUAUUUGUGGUGGCUAUUAGAAACCGCAAUAUACCAAUACCAGAGACCACAGAGGAGUUGCAUGAGAUUCAUGACAAAGAAGCGGGAGCGUCAUUAUCAACUGAUAUUCUUCAAAGAACAAAUCAAUUCAGAUGUCUUGACAAGGCAGCAGUUAUUACAACAUUACUCGAUGCAUCCGAACAACAACAAUCAGGGUCAUGGAAACUUUGCACAGUAACACAAAUCGAAGAAACAAAAAUUCUAAUCCGAAUGCUCCCAAUUAUACUAAGCACAAUCUUCAUGAACACAUGUUUAGCCCAACUUCAAACUUUCACCAUUCAACAAAGCACAACCAUGGACAGAAACCUCCUCGGUUUCAAAGUCCCGGGUCCCUCAAUUCCAGUAAUCCCGCUUCUCUUCAUGUUUAUCCUAAUUCCAAUUUACGAUCGGGUUUUUGUCCCAUUGGUAAGAAGGGUAACCGGGAUUCCAACCGGAAUCAGACACCUUCAAAGAAUCGGAAUCGGAUUAAUCCUCUCCAUUAUCUCAAUGGUAGUCGCCGGAAUCGUGGAAACCCACCGGAAAAGCGUCGCGAUUGAUAACAACAUGGUGGAUUCACCGGGCCCGCUACCGAUAACGGUGUUCUGGCUAGGGUUUCAAUACGCGAUUUUUGGGGUGGCGGAUAUGUUUACAUUGGUGGGGUUGUUGGAAUUUUUUUAUGACGAGAGUUCAUCGGGGAUGAAGUCACUUGGGACAUCUAUUUCAUGGUGUUCAUUGGCUUUUGGAUAUUACUUGAGCUCGAUUGUGGUGGAGGUGGUGAAUAAAGUGAGUGGUGGGUGGUUAGGGAGUAAUAAUUUGAAUAGAGAUAAAUUGAAUUAUUUUUAUUGGUUGUUAGCGGUUUUAAGUUUAGUGAAUUUAGGGGUUUAUUUGAUUUGUGCAAAUUGGUAUAAAUAUAAGACUGUGGGCGUGAGUAUGAGUGUGAGUGUGAAGCAAAUUGGUGAAGGUAGCAAUGGUGAUGACAUAAGUGAAAGAAAGAUUGAGAUGUCUAAUGUGUAG